AAAAACUCAAAAUCAAUGUCGCCCAACAGAAACACCACUAUGAGCCCGUCCGAGCGAGACUACGGAGAGAAGAAACGCCUGAAGCGGAGCUCUGUUUGGGACGUAUUCGUCAAAGUGGACGACGAGGUUCAUUGCACCAUGUGUGACACUAAACUGAAGUACAGGAGCAGCACUACCAGCAUGAUGUACCACAUCAGAAAUAAGCACACGGACCCGGUGCCUAAUGAUGGCGUCUCGCUGGCGACCAACACAGAGGUGACUGAACUCAUCUGCAAAAUGAUUGAAAAGGACAUGCUUUCCAUCAGCGUGGUUUGUGGUGAAGGCUUUCGGGAGCUGCUGGGACACACUGUGCAGAAUUUUAAAAUGCCCUCUGUUGGUGACAUCACACGCCUUAUUGAAGGGCACUUCCAUGAGAAGGUGGAGGAGCUUGUGCUCCAACUGGGAAAAGUGGAAAAGGUAGCUGUCACUGCUGAUUUCUGGAGCGCCUCUCCUUUGCAGAGGUACAUUACAAUUUCCUGUUCAUUCAUAACAGAGGACUGGCAGGGGCGGUCAGCUGUGCUGCAGACACACAAGCUGUCUUCAGGGGGACUCAGUAUUACAGAGGAUGUCACAGAGAAGCUUCUCAGCACUGUCCAGGGCUGGGGCAUCGCAGGGAAAGUUACUGCAUGUGUUCAUAACAACACAGAGAACGUUUUGCCAAAGCAGGCAUGUGCCCCUGUCACCUGGGAUUAUGCUACCUGCUACGCCACAAUACUACAGCUCGCAGUCGCUGAUGGGUUGAGUGGAGAUCUUGUCCGCAUUAUCGCUGCUGCAGGAAAACUCGUCCACCACUUCAGUCACAACUUGCUGGCAAGUGAAGCCUUGGAGCAGAAGCAAGUGCAGAUGUGUCUUCCACAGCACAAGCUCAUCAAGUCAAACAAAGCUAGAUGGGACACCAUCUGCGACAUGUUUGAGCGCUUACUUGAGCAGCGAUGGGCAAUUAAAGCUGUUCUCUCAGAUCGCACGGUUACGACCAGACGGGAAGCCCAGGCUCUUGAAAUUGAAGAUGACUGCUGGCAAAUAAUUGAAAAUUUCACACCCGUGCUAGCAACGCUAAAAUGGGCGACGACAGUCAUCUCGGCCGACACGGAGGUUUCCAUUUCCAACAUCUAUCCAAUAACAUUCAGCCUCAUUCAGACACAUCUUGUACCGAAGGAGAAUGAUGUUGAACAAGUCUCAGAAUUCAAGCUGAAAGUGCAAGCGUUGCUUAGAAAUCAGAUGGAGGUCGACUCCAGCGAAUUAGCUUCCAAACCAGCUCUGAUUGCCUCUAUGUUGGAUCCUCGUCACAAACAUCUCAGCUUCCUCACGCCAACGGGAAGACUAGCUGCAAAAGUUAAACUACAUGAAUUAGUCUCAAAAUUAGAUGCACUUACUGCUACUGUAAGUACAAAAGAUGAACAGCAGGAGACUCCCAUCACACCUGACAUUAACCAGGUGGCUAUGCCCUCAAAAGUGAGAAGUGACACCAAAAACACCAUGGCGUUGCUUCUAGGAGACAACUACAGUUCCUCCUAUGCGACAGACUCCGAGGCUCAGGUGGAUUACUACUUGAGAGACAUUGCUCCCUCGCUGGACAUAAACCCUUUGGACUGGUGGAGGCUAAAUGGACCACGGUUUCCUAAACUGGCCACUCUGGCGAGACACUAUUUGUGUGUGCCUGGUGUAUCGCUGCCAUCUUUAUUGUCGGACUCGGGGCAAACCUUUGCAACAAUGCGCACAAGAUUGAGUCCAGAGCAUGUAAAUAUGAUGAUUUUUGUGAACCGAAAUGCUUAACUUUGUAGAUUUAACAUGUUCUCUUCUGUAAAAUUGCUGUAGGGUAGAUGACAACAACAGCCGGUGGACACAUGAAGUCAGGGACAACAGCUCAAUGUCAGUAUUACUAGAACAGGUACUCUCCCACUGUAAACACUGCAUUUGUUGUAGUUAACAGUGCUGUAAACUACAAUUUUAGACUGUAGGCUGAGUAAUCAUACUCUAAUCAGUUUCAUCACCUCACUUAACACAGUUCACACUUCUAAAAACAGUGGGUAGGUAAAGUUAGUUCAGUCUUCAGCAUUAAUCACCAAAUUUCAAACUAUGAAGUAGCAGUAUUUCAUUGUCAUUUAUGUUUACACAGACAUGUUCUGAAAAUGGUACAGCUUGAAAAGUGGCAGUUAUAAAACACUGAAAGCUAUUUUUUUUUCUUCCACGUACUUAAAUUUGAGAAAGAAAGAUCUUCAGCAUGUGCAUUAUGGUUAUUAUUAGUACAAUUAGUUAGGCAUUGUGCAAGGUUACAAGACUGUAGUGAACUGUGCAUCACUUUGUAUUCACAUACCAAAAAAAA